UUUUUUUUGGCAGCUUCUCUCACGUUCCCAUCUUCGCGCUCGCGAAUCGGUGCCGCCGGCUGUGCCAGACUCUGUCCUUCCCAAGACCGCAGCCCGCGUAAUAUCCGUCGACAAGACCAACUCUAUACCACCGCGUCCUCAAUUGGUUCCACGCUGCUCUCCAAGACUGGAUCUGGGCUUGCCGCCAUUUCUUAUCCUUGGGCCCUUCCAUUUGCAUUAUUAGGAGCCAAAUAUCCCGCAUCUCCUCGCUUCUCACGCGUGCUCUCCUCGAUUCUCCGACUAUCAAGCGGAUUGCGUACGGCUUUCUCUCCACUCCCAACAUCGCUUGACAAACAUUGUAGUGAACAGAGACUACUUGGCCCUUCAGCAUCGCGACCGACGUCACGCGCGGCUUAUUUUUGCGCCCGGAAAAAGAAAGACCGUCGGGCAACAAGGGAUCGCGUUAAGCAGUUGGAGAAGGGAACACGCUGGAACUUGACAAAUGGGCGCGGCGAGCUGAAGUGUCUGCACGAAAGCAUUCAGCCCGCCGCGAUUGAAACAAACCGGACUCAAGCCGACGACAAGCACCCGACCCUGCGCGGACCCCUAGGGUUAUCAAGUUGCUUCGGCGAAAUUGGAAAAAGAUUUCCAGACUAUUCAGACCAUGGAGACAUACAACGGUAUCGUCCGAACCCCAGCGGACGCCAUCAUCCUCUUCGAGGCCUGCAGAAUGGGCAUAUUACCUCGAGUUCAGCGGAGACUAUCAGAGAAAGAGAGGCAGUCGAUCAGAUCCGGCUCGGUCUUUGUUUGGGAUGAGCGAGAAGCGGGAAUGCGGCGCUGGACGGAUGGGAAGAGUUGGAGCGCAAGUCGUGUCUCGGGCAGCUUUUUGACUUACCGAGAGAUGGAAGGGAAAAGAGGAGGAACCCCCCUGGUCAAUCCGGCGAGUCGAGUCCCCCCUAAAAUAGUAGAUCAUGGUCAAGAUGACCCUUCGCAGCCUGGCGAGGGCGAAGAGGGACCUGAUGGAUAUCGGUAUAAACCCGACGGGCUCAUGAAGCAGUCAUUCAGCAUCACCACUUCCGCGGGCCAACACCUGCAUCUCAUCAGUUACUUCUCCCGGACUCAUCCAGCUUCUCAGGGGCUGCGUCAACCAAGCACCGAUCCCAAUCUGGCCUCGAUCCAGCCCGCGAAAGGCAUGUACCCAGAAUCGACCAUCGAUCAAUCAAACAUUCCUGCCGUCACUCGGUCACCCAUGCUAACCGCCCCGGGGUAUGUCAUGGCUCCAGGCGUCCCAGCAUAUCACCGUGCAAGCCCUGCUCCGCCACAAGCAUAUAUUCCACCCGGCUACAUCCCUCAUCCAGCCUACAUCUACCCGAUCAGUCCCAUGCACACCCCUCCUCCUGGGCACUACCUUCAGCCGUAUGCUCUUCAGCCCGGCUUACCCCCGCUCGCAUAUUCCGCGGCGCCCUAUCCUUCACCACACCCUCUGCCUCUCAGCCAAGCACCGCCGUCCUCUUUUGACCAGCGUCCCUUGCGAAACUUGGGCUCGCGGUCGUCAGCGCCUCCGCCUUUACCACCGACGACUUCCACGCAGGCUCCGCUGGGUACCUACGGUGCCAGCCAACCCCCUCCACCACUGUACCAGUCGAGCCCUCUUCCGCCAGCCAAUGCACCUGGUCCUGAAACUUCGAACGAACAUGUUGGCUCUGGCCUGCAGAUCGAUCCGCGCCUGACUGCCACUGCCAAUGGGGGCGAUGCCCAGACGAAUAGCAUUAACAGCAAGAAUGACGAGCAUCAUUCAGCACCGCAACCCUCUGACACCAUAACAGUGAGUGCCAGUCAGGCGCCUACCAUCACCGCACUCGUACACAACAUCGACACAAGUCUUCCCCCCGCAGACAAAGGCCAGGCCGAAACGGACGCGGACCGACAAGGAAGUACCAGCCCGGGUGGAACCAAGAACGGGGCGCCACCGCAAGAUAUUCCUAGCGAGAAACUAGGCUUUCGAGAGGAUAAGAGAGCCCUGAGCAAGCUGGACCGCGUGUUUGCUAAGGUCUAGCACGGAAAGAGGCCCUAUUCAGGUCGAAACAUCACAUUGCAUUGUAGGACGUCCGGGGAAAAGUCAUCGUUUGAACCAUAUCGUUCAGGUUAAAGGUAAAGAGGCGGCGGAUUCGCGAUCGUUUUCAAGAAUGGGCACGAGGUCACGAAUUUUGAUGACUGCAAUUUUCCAUAUUACUUGUUGUUGCUCUUUCUUCAUUCUCAAGAGAGGUUUCUGAUUUGAGCCAGGCAUGUCCUGGCCGCUUCAAUGGAGAAGGUUUGACUUUGAAGAAGCAGGGGUUGGUGACACUGCGUUCGAGAUAUCUAUGCGGUAGCAUGAUACGUAGCUGCAUGAAGCUCGAGUAGUAGAUUGUACUGUAUGAAAGUGGUAUUUCGGUUGGUCCAGUAUUAGAUGUGUUUGAUCGAUCAAUUUCGGCUCCAUAUAGAAAUCGGAGAAAGGCUGGGCCCC